AUGUUCCCUCAAGGGCUGACCCAGUGGGCAUUCCCGAUGUGCUCACGACACAGCUAUGCAUACGGAAAUUCCGGGCCUUUCAGCAAGAGAGGUGCCACAGUCGGGCGACACGGGCUCUGCAACGUUGGAGCCAAGAAGCCAAGGCCCAGGUCUAGUUGGAAUGAAGGCGAUGAAUCUGGGCACAGCGUGGUGGAGGGUCUCGGCACGUGGCCGGGUGUGUGCCUGCUGGUGUGCCCGUGUGUCGGGGAGCUGGCAGAAGGCCCCAGGCCGCCGGGGCGCCGUCCCAUUUGGGGUGGAAAAGGCCUGCGGACGGCCUGCUGGCUGCCUUCUCUGGCUUGGGAUGGGGACGGGAGUCCUGAUUCACUUCGCGGUGCUUCUCAGAUAAAUCCGACCGGACGUCCACACUACAUGGGAACUGCAGCCAUCAAAACACGACCCCAAAACCACACUAUCUGUAGUCUUCCACUUACAGCCUCGGCACUUUCAUCUCUAAGUGUCUUGCUACAGGUCUGGACGCUAAAAACGGCUCACAGCGAGCACUCGAACAAACAGGCCAGAAACGCGCAGCAACGUCCUAAAACCACAGCCCAGACAGUGUGCGGGAGGCUCAAGGGCGCAGCCUCAACCCCCCAGGGGCAGGAGGAUGUGGAGGAAGCAGUUUCCCGCUGUCGGGCCCACGCUGGGAACGUGGGUUCUGUGGAGCGUGGCAAAACCGGGUCUGUGACUUGGGCACGGGCCGGCGGUAGCAGGGACGUUAGCCCGAUCCGGGAGGAUGUCACAGAGUCAGACCUGGAAGCCAAUACUUUCUGCCCUCCUCCUCUGUAUUACACGCGCUCGACCCAAGAGAAACCGCCUCCUGCACCGGGGAAGAUCACCAUUGAGCCUCAGAUGAACGGAGAAGAAGAAUUGGAUGGUGCGUCCCCAGAAAAGAGGCUCACAGGUUCCCCAGCCCACGGAAGUUCUCUAAAACAUAGAAAUUCUGCGAUUCCUGAGAGGCCUCCAGUGCCUAUCAAUUCUCCACCUAGUCAGGAUAUGGGAGCAGCUAGUCCCACGUGUCACCCUCAAACGGAACCAAAUAGAACUGGUACAAUAAGGCAGCUGCCUUUGCUGAAUGCUUUGUUAGUUGAGUUGUCCCUGUUAUAUGACCAGCCCGUCGCAAGUCCCACUCAUAUACAUCCUCACUUAGCCUGGUUGUACAGAACUGAGGAUAAGAAGGGACCAGAAUCUUCCAAGUUCACGUGUCAGUCCGAACGUAAGAAGGAUAAGCUUUCUGUGGGGGAACGGGAAAAGUCGGCGAGUCUUCAACAUAAAAAGAACCAAGUUAAAAACUGUACGAAAAGUAAAUGUUCUGAGAAAAACAGUGGAGCCCUCCAAAAGAGAGUUCCAAAAGGGAGGCUGCUUUAUGGCCUAACAAAUACACUAAGGCUUCGUUUAAAGCAAACAAAUCCUGGUAUGUUGGUGGUACAUGAAAAGAGAGAACAGUAUAGAAAAACGCAAGCAAAAAUUUUGAGUACAGGACUUGGAAUUCCAUCAUCCAAAGUUAAAAUGUUAAGCUUUGCAGAGCAAAGUCAGAAGCCACAAUUGCCUGAGAAUGGAGAUUUAGAUUCCGAUUCAUCUUUUGCUGAAAGUAGUGAUACCUCACGGCAAAUUAGUGGAGUUUUUGAUGAUCCCAGCAUAACUAAAGAAGUAAAACAAUGUGCAGUUGAAAAAAAGACAGUUGAUUGUGGUAAAAAGAGAACCCUUAAUGAUUCAUUAGUAGAAACUGUGAGUCCUGCAAAUUCCAUUAUUCCAGAAAGAUUUACCCAUACAGAUACUUUGGGAGGAAAAGCAGAAACGAAAGCCCAAAAUCUUUGUGUUUUCAAACAGGACGCUGUUGUUGACAAAUUUGUAACAGUUAAAGAAAUAGAUAAUAAGCAGACUAAAACCAGAGAUGAUGACUUUGCUGAUGUAAGUGAGAAUAUACCAGGUAAAAAUAAUUACUAUGAAAAUAUCUCAGAACUCAAAUAUUCAGAUGACUUCACCAGUCCUUGCUAUUCUGAAGAUUUCUGUGCCACAGAGGACACCAGCAGAAGUUUGCAAGCUCAUGAUAGCAGUUCAGAGGCAGAAAAUGCAAAACACAGUCAAUACACAAGUAAGUCUAGUGAAGCAAGAUUGUCCAUAAAGAAAAAUAGUAGUGAGGAGAGUUAUAUUUUUAGCCCACCUUUUUCAGCUGGAUCACCAGUGCACUCAUAUAGAUCUCGUGUUUUGAAAACUCAGGACAGAAGUUUGGAGGAGGUACCUAGUAUCUCUACCAGUGAUUUGUCUUCAUCACAUUGGACUGAAGAAAAAGAAAACCAGAUAGAUCAAAGCAGUAUGCAUAAUUCUAAAGUUACAAAGAGAGGUCAAGACAUCUCUGCUAAACUUAAAACAAGGACUGACUGCAAAUAUUCAGAAAAAAGCAAGUUAUCAUGGGCAUCUCAAGUGAGUUCUUAUCUGCCUUCUAAUUUGCCAGAACUAGAACUUAAUGUCCUGGAAAGUAACACAUUAGGUCACUUUGAAGAAGACAGUGUUGACUUUGGUUCACUAAAUACUUCCCAGCAAUGCAAAGAUAUGUGUGAACUAGUAAUAAAUAAACUUCCAGGAUAUACAAUGUAAAAUAUGUGCAUUUAAAACAUAUUAUUUACAACCUAUGUGUACUGUUAGUGGAAAAAACUUAAAACUUUUUGCAUUGUUUUAGUAUGUGAAAUGUCAAUAAUUACUUUUAAGAAAUAUAAAUUUUUCAUUUCUUUCUGUUUAAAUAGUAUUCUGCCAUUAAAUCAGAUAACAUGGAUCACGAAGUCAUAACCUAGGUGAAGAUUCCUUGGAAUUGGUUGACCCUAUAAGAAUAAAAGUAUAAACUGUU